AUGGCGGCAGAAGAGAAAUUUCAGUAUUUAUUCCAAGCUACGACCGAGAACUCAAGAGCCAGGACAAUUGUUGCCAGCUACCCUCCUACUGCAGAAAAUUACCCCAAGGUGAUUGAAAGUUUAAAAAGUCGAUUUGGACGCGACGAAAUACUCAUCGAAGUGUAUGUUCGUGAUUUGUUAAGCUUUGUGCUGAGUAAUGUCUCGAAGAAAGGUGUCUCUAUCUCAGUGCUCUAUGAUAAGCUGGAAACCCAACUACGAGCUCUGGAAUCAUUAGGUGUGACCAGUGAUAAGUAUGCGGCCAUGCUUUUCCUUUUAGUGGAGUCUUCGUUGCCUGAGGACAUGUUAAGAAUUUGGGAGAGGAGUCGACAAAAGAGUCAAGAAGAACAAGUUAAUCGUCUGGCUCAUCUCAUGGAGUUCCUCAGAGUUGAAGUUGAAAGUGACGUACGGAUCAAGAUGGCGCAAACUGGAUUUGGCAACAAUGCCCAAAAGAAAGAUAAGUAUUGGGGGGAGAAGGUGGAACCAGUUUCAACAGCAGCUGAAUUGUAUAACGGAGAACCUUCGGUGCAGAAAAUUUGCGUGUUUUGUGAUAAGAAGCAUUUUAGUUCGGAUUGUUACCAAGCGGCGAAGAUGAGUCUCGAGGAUAAGAAGAAAAAAGUCCAGGAGAAAAGAGCAUGCUUCAUUUGUUUAACGAGGGGUCACAUGUCGAAAUUCUGCAAGUCAAAAGUGAAAUGUCCAUUGUGCGGACGCUUGCAUUUUGCCCUCAUGUGUCCAGAUAACCCGAAGAAUAAAUCAGAAAACCCUUCGCAAAAACAAGUUGAUCGGGUAGAUACGGCGAUGUCUAAUUAUUCACAUCACGACGUAAUGUUGCAGACUUUAGAAGUACGAAUUUGCAAUAAGGCGAAAGGUGAAGAAAGGCUCAUUCGUGUGGUGAUUGAUACCGGGUCGCAGAGGUCGUAUGUGUCAAAGAAAGCUGUGGAGGUGCUGGGAUUCAAGUCUGUUGGUGAAAAGAAGAUCGCUCACUGUUUAUUUGGUGGUCAGGAGACGAAUGUACAGCGACACAAGUUGUAUGAGAUCACUCUGCAGAGUAAGAAUCGAAAGUUUAAUUGCAACAUUAUAGUAUUGGAUCAAGAGAAAAUAUGUGGCAAGAUUUCCAGAAUCCCACAGGGUCCAUGGUUCAAAGUGUUGAAAAGUGCUGGAAUUGAGUUGACUGACGUUGAGAGGGAUGAUGAACUGCGUGAUAUUCAUGUGCUUAUUGGGGCAGACGUUGCUGGAGAUUUGUUCACCGGUAAAAUUCACCGAACUCACAACGGUCCAGUUGCAAUGGAGACACGAUUGGGGUGGACGCUGAUGGGAAAGAUUACAGCAACAAAAGAGAUUGAAGACGACAGUUCCCUCAUGGCCACAUCACUUCAUGUACGAGAUUUAGAUAUCCAAGCAUUGUGGAAACUUGACUUGAUAGGAAUUACCGAUCCGGGUGAAACGAAGACAAGAGAAGAGCUCAUGGAGUCAGCCACGAAGCAUUUCAAAGAUAAUGUGCAAGUUAAUGAUGAAGGUCGUUAUGAGGUCGCUUUGCCUUGGAUUGAAGGGCAUAAGCCCGUUUCCGAGAAUCGUGUGUUAGCAGAACGGAGACUUCAAUCCGCCACCAGCAAGUUGAAAAGUAUUGACAAGAUGGAAGAUUAUGGAAAAGUCUUCUGUGAAUGGCUGCAGAUGGGAAUUAUUGAGCGAGUUCCAGUGGCGGAGGUAGAACGAGGGGGGAGCUAUUUACCCCACCGACCCGUUUUCAAGCCAGAAAGCACCACCACUCCGAUUCGACCUGUUUUUGAUGCCUCAGCCAAGUGCAACAAUUACCCAUCAUUGAAUGAUUGUUUAGAGAAGGGAGAAAAUCUUAUUGAGCUGAUUCCAUCCGUGGUUACGAGAUUCAGAGCCAAACAGUACGGGGUGGUGUCGGACGUGAAGAAAGCUUUCCUGCAAAUUUGUGUGCGAAAAGAGGAUAGAGACUUUCUCAAAUUCUUGUGGUGGGAGGAUUAUGGGGCCAAGAAGAUUGAGGUUUUCAGACAUUGUCGAGUGGUUUUUGGAGUAUCAUCAAGUCCGUUUUUGUUGGCAUCAACCAUCAACCAUCACUUGGACAAUGUCAAGGAGGAGGAUCGAUCAGUCGCUCAAUUGUUAAAGAAGUCGUUGUAUGUGGACAACUGUUGUACGAGUGUGGAUGGAAAACAGCAGUUACAAGAAUUCGUGAGCAAGUCCACUACAAUUAUGGCCGCAGGCAAGUUUGAACUAAGGGGUUGGAUUUGGAAUGGAGAAGAGGAAUAUUCGGAGGAAGAUCGUGUCACACAUGUACUUGGGUUACUCUGGGAUUUGACUUCAGAUUGCAUCUCACUUGACGUGAAAGAUGAAGAAUUCGACGGAAUUCUUACCAAGCGGAGGAUUUUAUCGGCAGCCAAUUCUGUCUACGAUCCCAUCGGCUUUAGCAGUCCAGUUACGUUAUUACCAAAAUUACUACUGCAAGAGUUAUGGAUGUUAAAGAUCGGUUGGGAUGAAGGCGUGCCGGAACCAGUAAAGAAGAAGUUUGACGUUUGGAAAUCUGAAGUUGGAACUUUGAAGAAUAUACAAAUUCCCAGACGUAUAUUCAAUGGAGUGACAAAUCAACGAAGUAUUCAUGUAUUCUCGGAUGGCAGCAAACUUGCAUACAGUGCGUGCGUAUUCGUUCGAAAUGAUGGGCCAGGCGGCGUGAAUGUGCAAUUAGUGACGGCUAAGGCUCGUGUGGCGCCAGUGAAAAGGAUGACCAUCCCUCGUUUGGAAUUAUUGGGAUGUUGUAUUGCAGUCAGGUUGGGAAACUGCGUGAGGGUCAUGUUGGAGGCAGAAAAUCUUCCCAUUACCUAUUGGACUGAUUCAAGUUGUGCUCUAUACUGGAUUCAAAAGAACGAAAAUUGGGCGACGUUUGUGAAUAAUCGAGUGCAAGAAAUCCAGAAGAGCAGCAACAUUCAUGAUUGGAGGCAUGUGCCAGGUGUGCACAAUCCAGCCGACUUGCCAUCUCGAGGGUGUGGAGCAAUGAAACUUUUGGAUCUGAGAUGGUGGGAGGGACCAGCCUGGUUGAGACUACCGGAAGUGGAAUGGCCAAGGUCGGAAGUAAAUUGUGAUUUGGAUUUAGUGAUGUCGGAGAAGAAAAAGACUGUUGUCAAUCACUUAGCUCUGGAUGCAGAAAUUCCUUGGUAUCUCCACUACUUUUCUUCAUAUCGUAAAGUCGUGAGAAUGGUUGCAUGGAUCCUGAGAUGGAAAAGAAUUAUUAAAUCAAGUUCAAAGUGUGCUGGACCUCUAACUUAUGAAGAAGAAGCGGAUGCGGAGUUGCAUUUAGUCAGAUUAACGCAAAUUGCCUCAUUCACCAAGGAUGACCUUGUACUCAAGCAGUUGAAUGUUAUCAAAGAUAGUUUUGGGGUUUUACGAGUCAAGACCCGCAUUCUGAUGAGAGAUGACUCCAUGGAAUUUAAGCUUCCCUUAUUACUGCCGUCAUUAAAUCCACUCGUCGCGAUGCUGAUAAUGCAUGUUCACAAAUCCAAGAAUCACUGUGGAGUGCAGUAUUUGAUGAGCCUGCUAAGAGAAAGAUUUUGGAUUUUGAAAUCAAGACAAACUGUGAAGAAAAUCAUUGGAAGCUGUGUGAUAUGCAAAAGAUUCUCGAGUAAGAAUGUAACCACACCGGAAGCACCCUUACCGUUGGACCGUGUCCGUGAUGCAGCAGUAUUUGAAGUUGUGGGGAUCGACUUGGGAGGACCACUCUAUCUGAAAGGAGGACAUAAAGCGUGGUUCGUCGUCUUCACGUGUGCUGUUUAUCGAGCUCUGCAUUUGGAAUUAGUUACAUCAUUGUCGACAGAAACGUUCUUGCAAAGUUUACGAAGAUUUGUGUCCCGUCGUGGACGUCCCUCAAUUAUCUUUUCGGACAACGGAACAAACUUUGAAGGAACAGACAACGCGUUCAAAAGCUUGAUUGGAACAAGAUUACAACUACGACCUCCCUUCAGCAAAUUACGUGGAAGUUUUCGCCGCCGGCUGCACCGUGGUGGGGCGAUCAUCAACCAACGUCCUCUUACCUAUCUGUCUGACGACCCCAACGACUUGGCUGUCUUAACGCCAGCGUUGUUCCUCAACGAGAUAAGAAGUCAUGGGCUCCCAGAAGUCGACAACUUGGAGUGGAACUUCUUUAACAAGAAAUACCGGUACCGACAACAAUUGAGAAAUGAUAUGCGACAGCGGUUUCGUGAAGAGUAUUUAGGAGCUCUCGUGCAAAAAGGAAAAGCUAAGCUACGUGGAAACUUGAAGCUAGGGGACAUUGUUCUUGUAGAAAUUCCUAACAAGAAGCGAGUGGAUUGGCCUUUAGCGAAGAUUUUGGAGGUGUUCACUGGACCUGAUGGGAACGUUCGAGUAGUGAAGCUCAAGACGAAGAAUGGAGAGCUGACCCGAGCUGUACAACGAGUGUUUCCUUUGGAGGUUUCAACCGAGCAACGCCAAGAAGUUCCAGUCGCCAAGAUUAUUAAGCGAAGUGCGUGUGAAGUGAUCACUCGAAGUGGAAGGAAAGUGAAAGUGCCAACGAGGUUGGGUAUUGGGCAUGAUAUGAAAUGA